UAAUUAAAGCACUUUGACAAAUGGUAUCCCUUUAGGCAGGGUAAGAGUUGGACAGGGAAACAUUUUCCUCGCAUCUUGCUUUGUGCAUCAGUGCCCUUUGCCAAAGGGAACGCGCAGAGACUUGCGCACACACAAACACGCACGGAAAGGGAGAGCGACAGAGAGCGAGAGAGAGACAGACAGAGAGAGAGAGAGAGAGAAGCUUUCUCUCCGUGCAUCAUUACUGAUUUCAGUCCAGUUUUCGUGCGCUCCCGUCGACUUGCUUUGGAGAUCUCUGACUUUCUUCGUGCGCUCUACAGUCUCACCUGAAUUUCAGAGAUGGAGUUCUCCACUCUCCUUCCCGACGCGCUUGGUGAUUUUACCGAGCGCUACUCUGCUUCUGUAAGUCCUUUCAACGCUACGUUGCACGAGGAUCUGCUGCGUGCGCCUUCAAGGAGCAACGAGACCAACAAGGCUGCGACCAGGGACUCCACAAGUCUCAUUAUCGCCGUUUGUAUCACGGCUCUCUACUCUCUCAUCUGUGUGGUGGGAUUGCUGGGAAACGUCCUUGUAAUGUACGGUGUGGUCAGAUACACCAAGAUGAAGACCGCCACCAACAUCUACAUCUUCAACCUGGCUCUCGCAGAUGCUCUUGCCACCAGCACGCUCCCCUUCCAGAGCGCCAAGUACCUGAUGAGCACAUGGCCCUUUGGGGAGCUAUUGUGCAAAGUUGUCAUUGCCAUCGACUACUACAACAUGUUCACAAGCAUCUUCACACUCACCAUGAUGAGUGUGGACCGCUACAUUGCUGUUUGUCAUCCGGUGAGGGCCCUGGACUUCCGCACACCUGCCAAAGCCAAGCUCAUCAACGUCUGCAUCUGGAUCCUCUCCUCUGCAGUCGGAGUCCCCGUGAUGAUCAUAGCCGUUACAAAGACACAUAAAGGAAACAUUGCCUGCAUGCUCAGAUUUCCCAAACCUGAGUGGUACUGGGACACAGUCAUGAAAAUCUGCGUGUUCAUUUUUGCCUUCGUGGUUCCCGUGCUGGUCAUCACUAUCUGUUAUGGUCUGAUGAUCCUGCGGCUCAAGAGCGUCCGUCUGCUCUCCGGCUCCAAGGAGAAGGACAGGAACCUGCGACGGAUCACCCGCAUGGUCUUGGUGGUUGUGGCAGCCUUCAUCAUCUGCUGGACUCCCAUCCACAUCUUCAUCAUCAUUAAGACCAUGGUGGAUAUUGAUCACAAGAAUCUCCUGGUGAUGACCAGCUGGCAUCUGUGCAUCGCGCUGGGCUACACCAACAGCAGCCUCAACCCCGUGCUGUACGCCUUCUUAGAUGAGAACUUCAAAAGGUGCUUCAGGGAUUUCUGCCUGCCGCAUCGUGCCCGCCUGGAGCAGAACAGCUUCUCCAGGGCACGCAACAGCACACGGGAGCCGGUGUCUGUUUGUGCGCAUGCGCAGACAGAGAGGCCGCCGGCCUGACUAGGCAUGGGUCAGUGGCGAGGGGGGACAGUGCAGGAGGACCUCCAGACUGAUGUCACACAGUUCUCCACCACAGGAGUCUGAGUCUGCAGAUGUAGAUUUUCAAUCUACUGUUUAUGUAAAUGAUCAUCUGUGCUUUUGGUUUCGAAUAACAAAACUUCUUUGUCCCAGUAGGUUUAUGAGGCACAGAUCUUUAAGGACUGUUUUUCAGGAUGAUCACAAACAUACUUGAGUUUACUUGUGCAUAAGAAAAUGGGUAUAAAAACACGGAAAUUCUGGGAUUGUGUAUGAAGCAUAAUGAAACCAUAUUCUAACACACAGACAAGGCAGUCAGAAAGUAUUGGGAUAGUGAUGUUUUCAGCAUAAUGAUAUUAUUAAUAAUAAUACUAAUAAUAAUAACAAUAAUAACAAUAAGCUUUAAACUAGACUGUAAGCUUUAAGGGUGCUUGUAGGUCUUUACAUCCAUAUUAGGUGAACAGUAUAGGGCAGUAUAUGCAUUACCACAAUGAGCAGGUUGUUAGCAGCAAAUUGAUCCUAAACACACAGAGAAAGACGCCAAGGAGUCUUUUUAUGACCAAGCAGUGAUCAAUGUAUGACUGGCCAAGUCAAUCACCUGACCUUGAUCCGACAGGUCACCAAGUGACAAUGGAUGCAGUGCAGCCCUGGAAGAGCAGUAGCAGAAAAUAACACUGCUGUUUGCUGACAUUUGUGGGCCGCAGACUUCAUAUGUGCA